AUGAAUCGAUUUGAUUGGAAUAAGCUUUCACCGGACGAAUUUCAACGUCUACAAGAUUAUAUAUCAUAUGCUCCCAAGAAAGUCAAAGAUGUUGUUGCUAUUCUUGAAAAAGAUCCAACUUGGUUAGCUCAUAAACAUGAUGAGCAACUUGAUUAUAAAGGUUUUCGACAAUUUCUUGAUUUACUUGUCGAUAAUUCUGAUAUACCAGAAGAUUUAUGUCGACAUUUAUUUUUAUCAUUUAUUAAAAAACCUGCAUUAUUAAUACCAAUCGAUACAACAUCAGCGAUUGGUGCUCUACCACCUGCAACAGUAACAUCACCACCAAUAACAACAGCGACAAUAAUAACUUCUCCACCAUUAACAUCAAGUUUUUCAUUUUUACCUGAAAAAUUUUUUCGACAAAAAAAAUUUACCGAUGAUGUUAUUGCUGAUUCAAAAACUCGAGCGGGCGUAUGUCCUAGUGGAAAUGAAAGUCUUAUACGUCGAGGUAAUUCACAUGAUCAACAUCAUGAUUCACCUGGAAAUUCUCGACAAUCAUCAAGAAAAUCUAAUCCUUCCUUACAUUCGAUUCAUUCAUUGCAUAAUAAUACUGUAACAACUAUUACGAAUUCAGAUGAUCCAUGGGUAUUUCGUACAUCUCUAUCACAAUUAUUAAAUAAAAUAUCUGGUAAUGAACUUAUACGUGAUGUUCAUCAUCAUCAUCAUCACCAUCAUCAUCAUCCAACAGCACAACAAGAAAUUGAUAUUAAUACAACACGAAUUUAUUUAAAAGAUAUUAUUUGUUAUUUUUCAUUACUUGAAGGUGGAACACCAGAACAAAAACUUGAAUUCAUGUUUAUGCUUUAUGAUGAAGAUGGAAAUGGAAUACUAGAUAAACAAGAAACUGAUUCAAUUGUUAAUCAAAUGAUGAAUGUUGCUGAAUAUCUUGGUUGGGAUGUAUCUGAAUUACGACCAAUUCUCGAAGCAAUGAUGAAAGAAAUUGAUUAUGAUAAUGAUGGUGCUGUUACUUUAGAUGAAUGGAAACGAGGUGGAUUAACAACAGCACCACUUCUUGUUUUACUUGGACUUGAUUCAAAUGUUAGAGAUGAUGGUACUCAUUCAUGGCGAUUAAAACAUUUUAAUAAACCUGCAUAUUGUAACCUUUGUUUGACAAUGCUGGUUGGUUUGGGUAAACAAGGUUUAUGUUGUACAUUUUGUCGAUAUGUUGUUCAUGAACGAUGUGCUAAUCGAGCACCACCAAAUUGUAUUUCAACAUAUGCUAAAGCACGAAAAUCUGAUACAAUUAUGUUACAUCAUUGGAUUGAAGGCAAUUGUGCUGGAAAAUGUGAUCGAUGUAAAAAAUCAAUUAAAGCAUAUAAUGGUAUAACUGGUCUUCAUUGUCGUUGGUGUCAAGUGACAUUACAUAAUAAAUGUGCAUCACAAUUAAAACCUGAAUGUACAUUAGGUCCUAAUAGAGAUCACAUUCUACCACCAACAUCGAUUUGUCCAGCUGUUUUAGAACGACAAAAAGUACCACGAAGUGGGAAUGAUUCUAGACGAGAUGAUGCAUGCGUUGAAGGAUCUAUACAAUCAUUUCAAAUAAAUCCUUUAUCAAAUACACAUCCAUUACUUGUUUUUAUUAAUCCAAAAUCAGGUGGCAAACAAGGAGAACGAAUAAUGCGUAAAUUUCAAUUUUUAUUAAAUCCUCGUCAAGUUUUUAAUCUUGUCAAGUCUGGUCCUAUGCCUGGAUUACAAUUUUUCAAAGAUCUUGAAGAUUUUCGUGUUCUUUGCUGUGGUGGAGAUGGAACAGUUGGUUGGGUACUUGAUGUUAUGGAUCGUGUUCAACUUCGUCGACGAGCUCCAGUAGCUGUUUUACCAUUAGGUACAGGCAAUGAUUUAGCACGAUGUUUAGCAUGGGGUGGUGGCUAUGAAAAUGAAAGUUUAACUAAAAUAUUAAAAAAAGUAUCUCAAGCUCCGGUGAUUAUGCUUGAUCGAUGGCAAAUUGAAUUUAGUACACGUACAGAUACAGAAGAAAAAGGUGAUGAUAUUCCAUAUAAUAUAAUAAAUAAUUAUUUUUCUAUUGGUGUUGAUGCUUCCAUUGCUCAUCGAUUUCAUUUAAUGCGUGAAAAACAUCCGGAAAAAUUUAGUAGCAGAAUGAAAAAUAAAUUAUGGUAUUUAGAAUUUGGUACUUCAGAAGCAUUUUCAUCUACAUGUAAAAAUUUACAUGAAGAUAUUGACAUCAUGUGUGAUGGAGUUUCUCUUGAUUUAUCCAAUGGACCAUCUUUAGAAGGUAUUGCAUUAUUAAAUAUUCCAAGUAUAUAUGGUGGUACUUCAUUAUGGGGUGAAGGUGGUCGACAUAAAAAAAGAAAAACACCAUUAAAUUUUCACCGAAAAGACUCGGAGUAUUCCACGAGUUCAACGUCAGAUAUGACAUUUGUUUUACAAGAUGUGGGAGAUAAAUUAAUUGAAGUUGUUGGUGUACAGUCAGCUAUUCAUGCUGGAUCUAUCUAUGCUGGUGUUCGAUCAAGUGCAAAACGACUUGGUCAAUGUUCAUCAGUUGUUAUCAGAACUCACAAAACUUUCCCGAUGCAAAUUGAUGGUGAACCAUGGUUACAACCACCAUGUACUAUUUCAAUAACACAUAAAAAUCAAGUACCUAUGUUAAUGUCACCACGAAAAGAACGUAAAAAUGGUUUAUGGCGUUUAUUUCGAAAAUAG